UGUUGGAGUUGUACGUCAAACUUAUAUUGAAAUAGUGUGAAAGUGUGACGAUGGUUGUUCCUCCUCCCGCCCGCAUUUCUUUUUUCAGACAACGUGGCAAGACGACACUCCCGCCCGCUUGCUCUCACUCCCUUCAGGCGGCUUUAUACCGGUCAUUCUUUAAGUCUGUUCUCAUGCGUAGUCACCAGAAAAAGAACAACGUCAUGAAAAUUGUCAGCAUGUUGACUCUCAAAAAUAAAACCACACUUUGUUUGUUUUCAUUCUGGCUCUCGGUGAAUCACUGCAGCUGUCAAACGCAAGGCGUGGUGCUGAACUUCUCCGGCUGGACCAGAUGAGCUGAAAAGACGUGUUGUGGGAUGAAGGUCAGAAACGGCGGGACACAGGGGACCUAGUGGCAGAGAGUGAAUCCUGUUUAUGCAUGAAGACGCUGUAACGCACCAUGGACACCAGAGGGCGCCACGAUCACCACAAGGCCCAAGGCGACGCUAGCAGGUCUCCCUACCCGGACAGGAGCCCUAAGUACCCGCCACCCGAUCCGAGGGAGAGGGGGAGGUCCAGCGGCUACCCAGAGGCUCAUCACAGAGAUUAUUUCACCAGCUCCCCUCACAGACCAGAGUAUAAUGACCCCAGAGGACAGUAUGGGGGACAGUAUGGAUAUGAUCAACAAGAUCAAGCAAGGCCCGGGUACGAAUACCCUCCUCAACAAUGGGAAUACAGAAAUUAUUAUAAUCAGUACGACCACGACCCGUACUGGGGACAGCGGAGAGGCCCAGAUGGUGGGCAACAUGUUUCCAAUGACUCACGGAGGUACCAGGACAGGACGUAUGAACAGAUGCAUUCUGGGUAUUCCAAUUCAGAAUACUACAGGUCUGACCAGCUGACAGACCAGGGUCACUACUAUGAUCCCAGAGAGGUCGCAGAGCCCCCGGCCUCGACCCGGCUCUCAGAACAUUCCAGAACCCCAGGCCUGCCCCUGACCAGUACCAACUCUCUGGAAUAUUCCAAGGCCUCAGGCUUGUCAUCCAGCGGCUACGAGCUGAGCCAGUACAUGAACGGAGCUGACCAGAUCGAUGUUGACUCUCAGUCUCUCCUUCCUCCUCCUCCUUCUUGUUUUGAUCCAGAACCCGUUCCUGUCGCUCCUCUGAAGUACGCAAUCCCUCACGCGGUGGUCAGUUUCGGUACUGCAGGCCAACUGCUCCGGGUCAGCCCGGGUUUGUCCACCAAAGAGAACCAGCUAGAGAUCCACAGUCUGGAGGUUAUUCUCGGGGAGACCCAAGAACAACAGGACUUGAGGAACUUCCCUGGGCCUUUAACCAGGGAAGACUUGCACAAAGUCGACGCUAUGGAGUUCGCCCACAAGAGGGCAGACGCGAGCUUGCGAGACGUCACCCAGGACAGCGCCUCGGCCGCCCUCUUGUGGAAGCUGCUGAUUCUGCUUUGCAGGCAGAACGGACAAAUAGUUGGAUCUGAUAUUGCCGAGCUGCUGCUCCAGAACCCGUCCAGCGAGGAAAGGCCUGACAGCCGGGCUCCGAUGCUGAUUGACUUCAGCGAGGGCCCGGCCCCUGUCACGGUGCCCUGUGUUGUUGGAGACGACCUUCUCACCGGCACUGCGACCCACUCCAGUGCAGAGAGCUCGAAGGUGGCCCUGGACAAAUACACAUCGCUGCUAUUGGCCGGGAGGAAGAAGGAGGCUUUAGAGUCGGCCAUGAACAGUGAGUUAUGGGGACACGCGCUGUUUCUGGCCAGCAAGAUGGACAACCGCUCCUACACCACCGUACUGAACAGGUUCACCGGUCAGUUGACCUUAAGCGACCCCCUCCAAACGCUCUUCCAGCUGCUCUCUGGGAAAACUCCUGCAGUAUCCACGUGUUGUGGGCAGGAGAAGUGGGGGGACUGGAAGCCCCACCUGGCCGUCAUGCUGGCCAAUGAGACGGCGGAUCCCAACGUACAGAAGAAGGCGGUUGUUGCCAUGGGAGACACCCUAGCCUCAAGAGGUCUGCUCCACGCAGCUCACAUCUGCUACCUGACGGCCUAUGUCCACUUUGGGUUCUUCACUCAAAAGACUGACCGGCUAGUUCUCCUGGGCUCCAGCCACAGAUGGUCCUUUUCAAAGUUUGCCCAGAAUGCGGCCAUUCAGUGCACAGAGGUAUUUGAAUACAGCCAAAAUCUAGGAGGAAAACAUUUUUCAAUUCCAACAUUUCAGGUGUAUAAGCUGCUGUACGCCACCAGGCUGCUGGACUGGGGCCUUGCAUCGCAGGCAUACCAUUACUGCGAGCUGAUUGGUCAGAGCAUCCUAAGACAUAAUGAGCCCCAGCUCGUCCUGACCGGGGAGGUUAUCAAGUUGGCUGACAGGCUGAAGCACUGCGAGGGCCAGUUGAGCGGCGAGUCCUGUGGGGGAGCGCCAUGUGACCCCAGCUGGCUGCAACAGCUGCGUCUCAGGCUCCGAGGCUUGCAGACGGGAACCUCUGACAGCAUGGGAGCCUAUCUGCCCCCAGUUGAUGGGAGCACCCAGGCCAAUCAGGACACAGGUACACCACCAGAGGCUUAUCCCCGCUAUGAGCGAGGGACAGAAGGAGGGGAAGGAGGAGCAGAGACCACAGGCCGGGCUGGUGGAGCCAUGCAACCACCCACAGACGAGUGGGAGCCUCAGGACCCGGGGUUCCAGGCUAAUGCUCCACCUUCUCCAUCGCAGCCCUACACUCCUCCACCUCCAGCACAGCCCUAUGCUCCUCCACCACCAGCUUAUCCUCACGCUCCCCCACCUCAACCAGAGCUCUAUGCUCCCCCACCUCAACCAGAGCUCUAUGCUCCUCCACCUCAACCAGAGCUCUAUGCUCCUCCACCUCAACCAGAGCUCUAUGCUCCUCCACCUCAACCCGAGCUCUUUGCUCCUCCACCUCCAGCUGCUAGCGGCGCCGUGGACCAACAGCUCGGUUAUCAUCACUCUAAUGCCGCCCAGGUCAUCACACCGUCCACAGGGUUCCUGCCGAUGGUUCCUCUGGAGAAUGUAUCCGGAGAAAACUUGGUGAACGGCAACAGGGACGAGACGUGGCCUGAGGUUCCACAGGCAACGACUGCAGAGGAGACGGCUACAGAACCAGCCGACACCAAACAACCAGAUGGCAGCAAGGCAGGCUGGUUCAGUAGAUGGUUCAAAUCCAAGCCCAGCAAUGAACAGAAGGAGAUGUCAGAUCAAGCCAAACCCUCUCAAACAGCGUCAGAAACCCCUGCCCCACCCGGGGGGUCCUACGACUGGGCUCAACACCAACGCGGCUUCAAUCCCGGCCCACCGUCCACCGGCAUGACUCCUCCAUAAAACACAGGGCCCCUUUGACCUUCACCAGUAAGGAACAUGGGAAUGUCUGUGGAACCGUGGCCCUGCUGUUUGAACGCUGCAUCUUGGAUGGGACGGGCCCACCACCACCAAGCCCCAUAACCCUCCCCUCCCCUCCACCAAGUAGGGCUUUUUUUGGAUGACCUUUGAAACUCCCUGUUCUUGCGCACCUUGGCAGCACAAACCGUUACAGAAAUACACGCGCAAGCCAGUCAUGGAAGAAACUUUUCAGGUCAAAGUCGCCACUCACAACUCACAAGUCACAAGUCGUGACAUUGCCCCAAAACAGCUGAAAGUAUUAUACUUCCGGAAAAGCUUAUGUCUGCCUAUGAGCAUCAUGCAUGUAUUUUGGGUCUCGUUCAUAUAGACCAAGAAGGAGGAGCAGUAUUUGUGAAUGAAGACAUAAUUCCUGACAAGGUAUUUUAUAUAGACAACAGAUGUUGACAACAUAAGACCGUAUGCCUACAUUGAGUAGUUUUCCAGGAUGAUUUGGCUUGAAAAUAGUGUUGUUGGAUGUAAAUCUUCUUCCAAUUACCAUGUCUGACUUGGAACUCAUCUGAGGUUGAGAGCUAGAGAUGUAUUGAGGAAUUUGCUGGACUUGCUACACUUAAUUUUGUUAACGUUUUUUAUCAACUUUUAGAUGCCCACCUCUUAUUUAAUAAGAGUUGAGGGUUAUACCACAAUCAUAAAUAGUUCAAUGCUUUGUUUUCUUGUCAUCAUCAGAUCACGUUCAAAUCAUUAGAAAACAAAAGUGUAACAAAUAAACCUGUAAUGUUCUUGAUUAUUUAUUUUGAGAAGAAGAGGGUAGACUGCAUAUAAUUGUGUCGUAAUAAAGUUUUUCUAUGCA